AUGAGUCAUCUCGUCUCAGAGUUGCACAAAACCUCCAUCACCAAAGCUUCAGUUGAGGAACUUAUAUUUGGAGUAACAUUCGUAACAGCCUUUGGAUUAUUACAACUACCCUAUCAGAAAAUAGAUGGUAACCCCGUCCCAACCAUCAUUUUUAAGGACAACCCUUCUUCUUUUCAUGCAUUUCUUCUAGCUAUCAAUUUUGCCUUUACCGGGGCGGUACUAACAGUGUCUCUGCGUGCGAGGUAUCCAAAGAUAGCUAGAUAUUGUCGUCAACUUGCUGUUGUUUGUGUAACGGCAGCUGCAGUUGAAGUUAUGGGACCUUAUGGUAAUAUGGAUUUGGAGUUACUUAGCACUCUCCAUACAAUUUGA